AUCACGCGCAGCUCGCAGUGCAAGUUUAUGGGAAGAAACCGAAACAGACAGUGUGGAAACAAAGAGCAAUAAACCGAACGGAAAGCAUCUACAGACCGUAGUUUGAGUUUUUCAAUCAGGAGAUUCGGUUUGGUUGACUGUUGAUCGUAGGAGUGUUUCCCUUGACAUCAGGCGUUAAUAAGCGUUUGUCUGCAAAUGGCGCAGCUGCAUUUGAACGCGCGGUGAUUGGUGGGGAACGUUUCUCACAUCUGCAGUUUCUGCCAUUGGUGGGGAACGUUUCUCACAUCUGCAGUUUCUGCCAUAGCGUCUCUUGGGGAAGUUUUAACUUUCAAGAAAAGAGGCGCAGCGCCACCAUACAUCGACUGAAGUAGGCCCCUAUUAUUCACAUACUUGCAGUUUAGUUUAUCCCGCAGUGGCGGAUUUAGGCAGGGGCGACAUGGGUAGUCUAGAACCGUUUCUGCUAACCCGAAAGGAUUUUGACAAUUUUGCCACUGAAUGAAUACCAUUGCAUAUACAAAAUGGAUAUGAAACCAAACUUGAAGAUUAUUAACUAUUUUACUUGGAGAGGGUGCCUUCAUGGGGACUGCCAUGUUAGAAUCACAUGGCCAGCCAAAUACUUUUAGCUUAAUCUCAGUAACUGCCCUGUUAUUGGACACUUUCACACUUGGAUUUAAUUAAUCCUGGCUGUCCAUGAAUGAGAGCUAAAAUGGGAGGUACAUUCAGUGCUGGGGAAGACAAUGAUGAGUUGAUUGACAACCUUAAAGAGGCCCAAUACAUUCGCUCUGAUCUGGUUGAACAUGCCUUUAUGGCCAUUGAUCGUGCUGACUACUAUCUAGAGGAAUUCCGUGACAGUGCAUACAAGGACCUGGCCUGGAGACAUGGCAACAUCCAUCUCUCUGCACCCUGCAUCUACUCUGAGGUGAUGGAGGCCUUAGACCUGCAGCCUGGCCUGUCCUUCCUCAACCUGGGCAGUGGCACAGGCUAUCUUAGCACCAUGGUGGGACUUAUAUUGGGGCCAUUUGGUGUUAAUCAUGGCGUUGAAUUGCAUGAAGAUGUUAUAGAGUAUGCUUACCAGAAGCUGGACUUCUUCAUUAAGACAAGUGAUAGUUUUGACAGGUAUGAAUUCUGUGAGCCCUGCUUUGUGGUGGGAAACUGUCUGGAAAUUGCCCUGGAAAGUAGGCAGUAUGACAGGGUUUACUGUGGCACUGGAGUCCAGAAGGAACAUGAAGAAUAUAUGAAGAAGUUGUUGAAAGUUGGGGGAAUCUUAGUACUGUCACUGGAAGAAAUGCUCACUAAAAUUACUCGGACAGAAUACAACACAUGGGAGACGAGAAAGAUAAUCGCUGUGUCCUUAGCACCACUUGUGCUCCCUAAACACAGGGCAAAUGGCAAACCUAGAGCAGUGUCCCUACCUGUCAUGUUUGAGGUGCGGAGUCUCCAGGAUUUGGCACGUAUCACCAUUCGUCACAGUCUAAAGAAAGCUGGGUCUGGAUCCUCGAACCUACUCAGGAGAAUUGCAUUCAAGCAGAGAAAUCACAUGAAGCAAAAACAGGAGCACCACGAUUCCACUCUACUUACCAAAAGUUAUAUAUUCAUGAGCCGCCUGAUCCCUGGACCCAUGGAUAACAACAACCAGUCAUCGACAGACAAUGAGGAUGAAGAUGAAGACUGCAGGAGGGUUUGUAAACAAGGGGAAGAGAAAGAGGAGGAUGGGAGGAGAAAAAAGGGCAAUGUUUUGGUGAUGGAGACUCCAGUAAGCCUUUUGAGGGAGAGGAUACUCAGUCUGCCUUUGCCAGAGCCUCUCAAAACUUAUCUUCUUUACUACAGAGAGAAGUAGACC